GACAGUUCUGAUGCCGGUAUCCAAUCAAGGCGUGUCCGCACCUGACUCUGACACUGUCCCAGCGGCCCUUGUCAUAUCGGCGUGCUGUGAUUGCCUGCCCUCCGCUACCACGACUUGCCUGCCACGGUUGCCCUGACUGCUGGGUCUCCAUACAAGCGGCCGAGACCACGAUGGCCAUCAAUGAUCCCAGUCGACGUGGCCUCUGGGGAGGGCGCCAUGGAAAAAGUAAAAAGUAAAAAGAGAAGCAAAACCGCCAGAUUGGAAAAAUGCGCGAAUCGAAUAUUCAUACAAUCCUUGGUGGUCUUGGGAACGCUUUUCGCAUCCACUUCUGGCGGGGCCCAUUGGGAAAUGAUGGAGAAGUGGGUGCACGAAGAAAAAGAAACCUCCGGCUGACCAGGUUGCCUCCUGUACGGCGUAUGCCGGUGAGCAACACAGGCAAUCCUGGGACGCAACCGGGAGCAGGCAACCAAGCAGGCAGGCCUGACAUGCGCAUGUACCUUUCUAAUGGGCUGGGAAUUCAGCUUGGAGGGAAUUCAGGGUUUGGUUGUUUUCUUUUUCCCUAUCUGACACCUUGCCAACGGGUCCGCUGGGGGCCGUUCCCCGAUCACCCGGGAUCGAAUCGAUUCCCACAGGCUGGUUCUGUGGCUUGCUGGAAAGCAAUCAUCAGCCCGACGGCUGCAUCGGCCAAGACCGAAGUGUCCCAAGAACGACAGACUGCAGAUGGGUGUCCCCGAAUGGCACGCUGCCCGCCCAACGGGUCGGGGCCAGGCGACAGCAUGCUAUUCGCCGACCUGAGACCCAUAAUCCUUCACUGCAGCCUUCCACUGCAGCCUUUCACCGCAGCGGGCAGGAAACCAGGACGGUGUGCGACCGACCCGUGUCUGCGCCAGGGUGUCGGGGUGUGCUGGCGUGCUGGUGUGCUAGGUGUGGUGUGCACCCCCAACAGACGUGGCACCGAGGUACUCAGCCCUACCAAAGACGCACCAAACCAACGAGCGGGUUGGCCACGCUGGGACAGAAUACACGAGCCAGGCAUAUGCCCUCGGGAUUACUCAAGCGCUGACUCUUCCAAGCCAAAUCCUUCAAUGAGGCCCCUGAUAUGA